GUUAGAUAUGUGCAAUGCAAAUAAUCUUUUGAAAUUGUUGAUUGUGUAUGUUUGUUUAAGCUCAAUUUGCACCAACAGCCUCCAUCACUAUGAUGAUGAUGAUGAUGAUGAUGAUUUCCCAAACAAUUUAUUCCAACAAGAAUUAGGGUAUGAUCUUGGCGGCUAUCCCUUGUAUAUUAGUCAUGCUGAGCUCACUAUUCAAAUCCAACCAUGGAAUUCAGACAGAAGAAGAGUUGCUAAGACUGCUAAUGUAGUAGAUUUUGGAGCUAAAGGUGAUGGAAAAAGUGAUGAUACAAAGGCUUUUCAAAGUGCAUGGAAAUCAGCUUGUUCAUCCAAGGAAGAUGUCACUUUUGUGGUACCAAACUACAAAAAAUUUCUCUUGAAACCAUCAAGAUUUUCAGGACCAUGCAAAUCCAACAUAAUCAAAGUGCAGAUAGGGGGAACAAUCAUAGCAUCGGAUAAUCGAGCCGAUUAUAGCAAAGAUAGGAGACACUGGAUUAUUUUCCAGGGUGUUGAUAAUCUAGUGGUAGGAGGUGGUGGAACUAUCAAUGGCAAUGGCAAUAUAUGGUGGAAAAAUUCUUGCAAAAUUGACAAGUCUAAGCCUUGCAAGGUUGCUCCAACGGCACUAACCUUCUACGAGUGCACAAAUUUGGUAGUGAAGCAUUUGAGGAUUGAAAAUGGACAGCAAAUUCAUGUAUCGAUUGAGAAUUGUAGAGAUGUUGAGGUUUCAAGAAUUGUGGUGAAUGCCCCAGAAAAGAGUCCUAAUACAGAUGGAAUUCAUGUCGCAGACACUCAAGAUAUUAUGAUUUCUAAUUGUAUCAUAGCCACUGGGGAUGAUUGCAUCUCCAUUGUUAGUGGAUCAAGGAAGGUUCAAGCCACUGAUAUUUCCUGUGGGCCCGGCCACGGCAUCAGCAUUGGAAGUUUAGGGGCUGGAAAUUCAGAAGCACAUGUAUCUGAUGUUGUGGUGAACAAAGUAAACUUUUCUGGAACCACAAAUGGUGUUAGAAUCAAGACAUGGCAGGGAGGAUAUGGAAGUGCAAGCAAUAUCAAAUUUCAGAAUGCACAGAUGCACAAUGUGAAAAAUCCCAUAAUCAUAGACCAAAACUACUGUGAUCAAGAUGACCCUUGCAAAGAACAGAAAUCAGCUGUGAAAAUCAGUAACGUUCUGUACCAAAACAUAAAGGGCACGAGCGCGACGGAAGUGGCGGUCGAUUUCAAGUGCAGUAAGAGCCAUCCAUGCCAAGAAAUAGUGGUGGACAAUGUGAGGUUGGGAGGGACAAAUGGUGGCAAAUCUAAAGCUAUAUGCAAGAACGUCCAUUUGAAGAGCAUUGGAACUGUUUCACCUCACUGCCCUUAA